CACAAAAUGUCAUGUGUGCUUGUGAUUUUAACAUGAUGUUUACGUAUGUAUAUUCGGGAUGGGAAGGAAGUGCACAUGAUUCAAAGAUUCUUUUGGAUGCAAUUACAAAUCAAAAUGCUGAAUUUCCUUGGCCACCUAGAGGUUCCUUUUAUCUCGUUGAUUCUGGGUAUCCAUGUAUUGGAGGUUUUCUUCCCCCUUAUAGGGGUGAAAGGUAUCACGCACAAGAAUAUAGAGGUCAAGGUAGACAACCCAGAAGUCCGGAAAAGUUAUUUAACUAUAGACACUCGUCUCUAAGGAUGACAAUUGAGCGUUGUUUUGGGGUGCUGAAAAAUAGAUUUCCUAUUUUAAAGUUGAUGCCUCCUUAUAAGCCUUCUAGGCAACGACUCAUAGUUAUUGCGUGUUGUGCUAUUCACAAUUACAUACGCAAGUGGAAUUUACCGGACGAGUUGUUUAGGAUAUGGGAAGAAAUGGAUCCUAUCGAACUUGAGGGAAUACAAGAAGGUCCUAUCAUAGAAGGAACAAGUUCCAAUGUCGACAACUUAACAAGGUUAUCUAAUGAAGGUGCAGCUGAAAUGACAAUAAAGAGAAAUCAUAUUAGAGAUGAGAUGUGGGUACACCGUAGCAAUUAAGUGAAUUAAUUAUCUCUAUGUUACAUUUUCAUACAAGCAACUUUGAAUUUUAGUGGUUAUU